GAAAUCAUCCUAGAGGUUGGUUGGUAAUUUAGGAAUGAAUGAGGCCAGAGAAGCUAGAGUGCAUCUUCUUGUCUCUUUUCAUAUCCAGCUCACAACUCUUGUUGGAGAUUGACAUGGCCUCCUCCUAACAAGGACACAUGAUGUUAAUCAUUAAACUUUCUAUAGAAUUAUCAUCUUCUGAUACAGAAAAAUAUCAAUGUCACAAUCUUAAAAUCCUAUCCCUUUACAUCCUACAAAAGCCCUGCACCAUCCCAUUCUUCUUCGCCCUCCCCUCUCUACUCUUCCAAGAAACACCCAUUAUCAGUAUAUACCAAAAUGAGAGAAAUUCUCCAUAUUCAAGCUGGUCAAUGUGGGAACCAAAUUGGAGGCAAGUUUUGGGAGGUUGUGUGUGAUGAACAUGGCAUUGAUGCAACAGGGAACUAUGUUGGCAACUCUCAGGUUCAACUUGAGAGGGUUAAUGUUUACUACAAUGAGGCCAGUGGUGGCCGCUAUGUGCCUAGAGCUGUGCUAAUGGACCUUGAGCCAGGAACCAUGGACAGCUUGAGGACUGGUCCUUAUGGGAAUAUCUUUAGGCCUGACAAUUUUGUUUUUGGCCAAAAUGGAGCUGGAAAUAACUGGGCUAAAGGCCAUUACACUGAAGGAGCAGAAUUGAUUGAUUCUGUUCUUGAUGUUGUUCGUAAAGAGGCUGAGAAUUGUGAUUGCUUGCAAGGCUUCCAAAUUUGCCAUUCCCUGGGAGGUGGUACUGGUUCAGGAAUGGGAACUCUGCUUAUAUCAAAGAUCAGGGAAGAGUAUCCAGAUAGAAUGAUGUUAACUUUCUCAGUGUUUCCCUCCCCUAAGGUCUCUGAUACUGUGGUUGAGCCCUACAAUGCCACCCUCUCUGUGCACCAGCUAGUUGAAAAUGCAGAUGAGUGUAUGGUACUUGACAAUGAGGCACUCUAUGACAUCUGCUUUCGAACUCUUAAGCUCACUAAUCCAAGCUUUGGUGAUCUUAACCAUUUGAUCUCUACAACUAUGAGUGGAGUAACAUGUUGCCUCCGCUUCCCGGGGCAACUCAACUCCGAUCUCCGAAAAAUAGCCGUAAAUUUAAUCCCCUUCCCACGUCUCCAUUUCUUCAUGGUUGGUUUUGCGCCAUUGACGUCCCGGGGGUCACAACAGUACCGGGCCUUAACAAUUCCUGAACUUACACAGCAAAUGUGGGAUGCUAAGAACAUGAUGUGUGCAGCUGAUCCAAGGCACGGUAGGUACUUGACAGCCUCAGCUAUGUUCAGAGGCAAAAUGAGCACCAAGGAAGUUGAUGAACAAAUGAUAAAUGUACAAAACAAGAACUCUUCCUAUUUUGUUGAGUGGAUUCCUAACAAUGUGAAGUCAAGUGUGUGUGACAUUCCUCCAACUGGGUUAUUGAUGUCAUCAACAUUUAUGGGAAAUUCUACCUCUAUACAAGAAAUGUUCAGGCGUGUCUCCGAACAAUUCACUGUCAUGUUUAGGAGAAAGGCAUUCUUGCAUUGGUAUACAGGGGAAGGAAUGGAUGAAAUGGAGUUUACUGAGGCAGAAAGUAACAUGAAUGAUUUGGUAUCUGAAUAUCAACAAUAUCAAGAUGCUGUUGCAGAGAAUGAGGAGGAGGAGGGUGAGGAUGAGGAUGAAGAGGCUAUGUAGAGUUGAAGGUGGCAUUUUAAAUUUUAAUUGGUUUUGGUUUGGCAAAAAUGUUGUGUUCUUCUUUUUCUUCAUGUUUGUGGCUUGACAAUGGUGAAUAAGUCAUGUGUAUAGUUUCUGGACCUAGGCGGUGAAAAUGAGCUUUCCUUAUAAAUUUUCGUGAGAUUCAUGAUUAUUCAA